GCAUGGAUUGUCUUUAUAGGAUAUCAUCUGAUAUUGAGCGAACAUGAUCCGCAACUUCAGGAAAUCCAAUAUACGCCAAUAACUAAAGUGCCUGAGAUGCUACCGCAGCCCACCAGUAAUAUUUCCAAGUCUUAUUUGAAAUCCCUCCUUGGGAUAGGUUCACCAAUUAGGGCGCUCAAACCGCCACCUAUCAGCCGCUAUUCCGCCAACCAACUGAUCACCAUCCGUGUCAGACCUUCAUCCAUACGUUUCAUCAUCGUAACACCCCAUCUAAUCCCAUGUGCCAGCGAAGACGUAUUUACUGGGCUUGUCUACACGAGGACGUCAAUGUUACUCCGCCGUCGCCCCUGCUCUAUUGCGCUAAAGCUACGCUACGAACGGACGGUGGCAGCAGCGACAGCGACAGCGACGGAAAUAGUUACCGCCAUAACGAUCUUAAGCCAUGCGCCCCCGUCGAUACACUUCCGCUCACUGCAAAGCACGAUCUAUUUAACGCGCUUAUGCAUGUGGAAAGCUGCGAUGUCUGUACCGCUGAUAGCACUAAUACCGACCUAUCCGGCCAAGAGACAAUAACGGUUGACGAUGAACUGUCGAUGAGCGAUGGCGGAGCUAAUGAUAUAGAAAAUGCCCACCAGGAUGUGCUAGGAUUCUCUGACGAAGAUCUAAUCGAUUUAGAUUGGAUCAUGAACGAUCAUCUGGUUCAAGAAUCUCAAAGGGCAUCUAGGGAGGUGGUGGUCGGGGAAGAACAGCCUUUCGGCUCCACCGACGGAGCCUGGUUCCCGGAUGCGGGGCCUGUGUCGGAGGGAGAUUUCCAACUUUAUGAUGAUGAUGAUGAUAGAUUCGUAGAAGACGAUAUGAAGGAUAUUGGUAGCAAGGACGGACAUGUGACACCGUUGUUAUAGCAUUACGCGUCCGUGGUGUUGUUAUGGUAUCAAAGUUUGGCAUUACCAAAAUACUAGUGCCUCUUUUUGCGUACUCCUUGAAUAAAGGUCUCGCCUAGCUAGCUAUGGCACGAUGUGGCCUUAUCUACAAAAGUCGGGCAAGGGGGAAGUAAAUAGUCCAAAGGAUCUCACCGACACUACCUCCUGAGUAGGAGACGAAGUUACUAAAUAUUAGCAGGAUAUGCCUUCAACUUGAAGGCUUCAAAUGCGUAUUUACAGAAAUAGUUAUUUCCUAAAUAUCA